UGUCAACGCCCAGUUUUGGGGAUUAUUUCAUGGGCAAGAAUUCACAGGACUUUCCUCUCAAGGGGAUUUGUUCUGGAUGAAAACUAGGGACUGGAUCCCCAAGCUUGUUGGUGUUUCCCUGUCUGUGCUGUAGAAGCUCUCAGGAUGGACUCAUAUCUGAUCCAAGUGAAUGGCCAUGGAGAUCAUGCCCCUAUGCUAGAUGUUCAUCUCAAGAACACUGGGAACAUCAUAUCACCAGGGAAGGUGAAGGGUCGGAAGCCAAGAUGGGCUGUCAGGGCUUCUGAAAUGUCAAAGAAGACUUUCAAUCCUGUUCGAGCCAUCGUAGACAGCAUGAAGGUGGAACCAAACCCAAAGAAAGCCAUGAUCUCCUUGUCCUUAGGAGACCCGACAGUCUUUGGAAACCUUCCCACAAAUGAUGAGGUCACACGGGCUGUGAAGGAGGUUUUGGACUCAGGACAGUACAAUGGUUAUGCUCCAUCUGUUGGCUACCAGUCCUGCCGGGAAGCUGUGGCUGCAUACUACAACUGCCCAGAGGCACCACUGAAGGCCCAGGAUGUCAUCUUAACGAGUGGCUGCAGCCAGGCCAUAGAGCUUGCCUUGGCAGUGCUGGCCAACCCAGGCCAGAACAUCCUAGUACCACGGCCUGGCUUCUCCCUCUACAAGACUCUGGCAUUGUCUAUGGGGAUAGAGGUCAAACUCUAUAACCUCUUGCCAGAGAAGGCUUGGGAAAUUGAUUUGGAGCACUUGGAGUCUUUGGUGGAUGAGAAAACAGCUUGCCUCAUUGUGAACAACCCAUCGAACCCCUGUGGCUCUGUGUUCAGCAAGAGCCACCUCCAGGAGAUCCUGGCAGUGGCAUCAAGACAGUGUGUGCCCAUCCUGGCUGAUGAGAUCUAUGGAGAUAUGGUAUUUGCUGACUGCAAGUAUGAGCCCAUUGCAACUCUCAGCGCCAAUGUGCCAAUCUUGUCCUGUGGUGGCUUGGCAAAGCGAUGGCUAGUCCCCGGCUGGCGGAUGGGCUGGAUCCUAAUUCAUGACAGGAGAGACAUCUUUGGUAAUGAGAUCAGGGAUGGCCUUCUAAGACUGAGUCAAAGGAUCUUAGGACCCUGUACAAUUGUCCAAGGAGCACUGGAGCGUAUCUUGCACCGAACACCACCUGAGUUCUACCACAACACCCUAAGCAUCCUCAAGUCUAAUGCUGACCUUUGUUAUGCUGCCUUAUCAGCUAUCCCUGGCCUUCAGCCCGUCAGGCCUGCUGGAGCCAUGUACUUGAUGGUUGAGAUUGAGAUGGAGCAUUUUCCGGAGUUUGAAAAUGAUGUGGAGUUCACUGAGCGACUCAUCUCGGAGCAGUCUGUGUUCUGUUUGCCAGCCACGUGCUUUGAGUACCCAAACUUCUUCCGUGUAGUGAUCACCGUGCCUGAGGAGAUGAUCCUGGAGGCCUGCAGUCGCAUUCAGGAGUUCUGUGAGAUGCACUACCAGGGUGCUGAGGGGGCCCAGGAUCUGGAGUGUGACAAAUAGCUACAGCUGACCCCCUGCCCCUGUCAGGCUAGACCUUGUAUGAGGCAGCUGCUGGGCAGGCAAGGCUGCUUCCAGCCUGCCUCACUCUCCCCGCCUGUAAGCAGCCACUGUCCUGCUGCUUCACUUUUUGUGCUCCACAGACUCCUCAGCAUUAUGGAAAGAAGACAACACCUCUCUCCUUCUCCACUAGAGCUUGCGUAUCCUCUUGUUUCCAGUCCCCCAUGUCUUUGUAGACUCAGCACCUGUGCCCUGUCUUGGUCUAUGCUACCUGUGAACUAGCUGCAGGCAGGGGCAGAAGGUUGUUCCUGGAUUGGGCCCUGUGGCAAAGGCCCUGUGGGUCUGUGGCUCCUGUGCUGGCCACACUUCCCCAUGGGGACAGGAGAAGGCUGCUGUCUUGGAGGAUAAGAGAAAAGUACCCACCUCUCACUUCCCUACGUUAUCUUAGGAGGCUAGAGCUCUUUAUACUGAGCCCUUUGUGUGAUAAAGGGAGUAAGUUAUUGUAACUUUUUUAUUAAUAAAAAUUCUGACAUGGCA